GGCUGCUGCCGUCACCUCAUGGCGACGCGAGUAGAAGGGGUAGCGCGGGGAAGAGGCGGUGGCGAAGAGGCUACAGAGCCAGGACGGGGCGGCCGGAGGCGCAGCCCACGGCAGAAGGUUAUGCCAAAAAUUUAAUUUCAUUGAUUAGAAAUCAAUUUGGAAUUUCUGGAAUAUCUCAGCUGGAUAAAUAAGCAAUAUUCUCAAAACUCCUAUGACGAGCCUCUCAUGUCCCUUGGCAGUAUAUAUAAAAUAAACCAGGUUAGAAGCUUUGCUCUAGGAGGUGACACCUCAAUUGAGCAUCGAAAUAAACAAGAUAUAGUGAGGUGGGAGUGCAUUCAAGGCAUGAAGAGAAGAGAUGAAAAGUAAUAUUUGAGGAACAGCAAGAAUGUUGGUUUGCCUGGAACAAAAUGCAAAUGGAGAAGAAAGAACUUGGAAAGGUUAAAAGAAGACACAUUUGUGAGGAGUUUGAAGGGAUAGAACUGAAGCCCGGGAUUUGUUCCUAUCUUUCAGCUCCUUCAGUGUUCAGUUUAUAAUUGGCACAAUGGAAGAAGCUGGAAUUUGUGGCAUAAGUGUAAAAUCUGAUAUGUUAAGCAGUGCUCAGCGAAAUGAUAUUCUACAGCAUCAAGAAUCUAAUUGCCGCAGUUCAAAUAGCAAAAAAUCAUUGGAGGAGGUUGAAGAGAGUAACUUUUUAACCAAGAAUAAUAAUUUAGUCAGUACAGCAUACUGUGCACGAGAAUCAAGAGAAGAAACACCUGGUCGAGAAGCUCGGACAGAUCCACCAGAUGGUCAGCAAGAUAUAGAGAGUGACAAAAUCAAAGAAAAAACUUUAGGAAAAGAAGUUUUGUUGUUGAUGCAAGCCUUAAAUACCCUUUCAACUCCAGAAGAAAAAUUGGCAGCCCUUUGUAAGAAAUAUGCUGAUCUUCUGGAGGAGAGUAGGAAUGUUCAGAAGCAGAUGAAGAUUCUUCAGAAGAAGCAAGCCCAGAUUGUGAAAGAAAAGGUCCACCUGCAAAGUGAGCAUAGUAAGGCUAUUCUAGCUCGAAGCAAAUUGGAGUCUCUUUGCCGGGAACUUCAGCGUCAUAACAAGACAUUGAAGGAAGAAAAUAUGCAGCAAGCACGAGAAGAAGAAGAAAGACGCAAAGAAGCAACUGCACAUUUCCAAAUUACUUUAAAUGAAAUUCAAGCUCAGCUGGAACAACACGAUAUACAUAAUGCUAAACUUCGACAAGAAAACAUUGAAUUGGGAGAGAAAUUGAAAAAACUUAUUGAACAAUAUGCAUUGCGGGAAGAGCAUAUUGACAAAGUGUUCAAGCAUAAGGAACUACAGCAGCAGCUUGUAGAUGCCAAACUUCAGCAGACAACACAGCUCAUAAAAGAAGCUGAAGAAAAACAUCAAAGAGAAAGAGAGUUUUUGUUAAAAGAAGCCACAGAAUCGAGGCACAAAUGUGAACAAAUGAAACAGCAGGAAGCACAACUCAAACAGCAGCUUUCUCUUUAUAUGGAUAAGUUUGAAGAAUUCCAGACUACCAUGGCAAAAAGCAAUGAACUUUUUACAACCUUCAGGCAGGAAAUGGAAAAGAUGACCAAGAAAAUUAAAAAACUGGAAAAAGAAACAAUAGUUUGGCGAACUAAAUGGGAAAACAACAAUAAGGCACUUCUGCAAAUGGCUGAAGAGAAAACUGUUCGAGAUAAAGAAUACAAGGCCUUUCAAAUAAAACUGGAGCGAUUAGAGAAGUUAUGCAGGGCUCUCCAAACAGAAAGAAAUGAGCUCAAUGAGAAGGUGGAAGUCCUUAAGGAACAAGUCUCUGUAAAAGACGAAGAUGUAGAUCAAAUGGUAUCUGUGUUACAGCCAUGCACUCUUCAUGAUUCCCACAAAAAGCUGAAAACUCCCUCUAAAAAAGAAACGGGGAUUCCCCUAGAGGCUGAGCACAAUGCAACGGAUGAAGGUGAUGGUUUUCAAGAGACUGUGUCCAUGAGUUCUGUUCCUGACACUCAUUCAGUUGACUAAAAUGAAGUGUAAACACUGUAUUGAGAGAUAUAUUUUGUGUAUAAUUUUCUCUGUUGGUGGUAACUAUUGGUUUUGUGGUGAAAAAUUUCUUACUUUUUCUACCAUAUCUGUAUUUUCUUAGAACUACUGGACUUACGUGGUACAGGAAGCUGCCUAGCAGCUUUGAAUAGUUUUACUCUAUAAAUUUUCCACAACUGUGUUGCA